AUGUUUGUCUAUUGUAUUGAUUCGUAUUGGUACCCGAAAAAGUCACCGGAAAAGCCUGAAGUCAAUAAUAUUUGCACUGAUUAUAAAUCGGCGAAUGCCCAAGUGGAGAAAGUGUUGAAGAAUUCGGAAAUGAACCAGCUAAAGCUGCAUAAGCAAAAAUCUCGUCGAUUGGUUAAGGAAAUGCUGAAGAAAGUUUGUGACAAGAUUUCUAUGGCCGAUGCGUGCAGGUUUUUGAUCAAUAGUUCGAUGAAAUUCUUCGAUGAAAUUCUCGUCACCCGGUCCUUGGAUAAGCCCGAGAAAGGCUGCAAAGCUAUGCUAGCCAGCCACUUAUGCUCAGAAAGCUGGAUAAACUACGUAAAGCUAUUGAAAAAAAAGCUUAAAAAAUGGCAAAAGAAAGCCACGUUGAGCAAUGAUGGUUUCAUCUGUAAUCAAUGCUUGUGGAUUGCCGGCCAGCUGCACAAUGUUUUCAAUGAUGAUCAUUUUCAGGCUCAAAUCCUUGAAGUCAUUGAGGAAUCGAUUUGUGCUCAUCUUGGUGAUGCGCAAGAGGAGUGUAAUCGACUCGCCGAGCAAUUCAUUCAAAUCUUUUUUGCUUUCAUCUCAAAACAAUUUUCAGAUUCGAAAGCGUUCUGCACAAAGAUUCACUUGUGUUUAAAUGGAAAAAACGAGCAGAGUCACUUCGAGAAAGGAUUUCCCUUUGUGAAA